AUGGGACCGUCGGGUUCUGGAAAGACGACACUUUUGAACGUGCUUUCCAAGCGACCAAUGCAUGGUGUUGUCAUCAAAGGCAAAGUGUCCGUCAACGGUCAAGAAACCUCGGACGCCGUGUUCCGAUGUGUCACUUCCCUAGUAGAAGACCAUGAUACUUUCACGGCGUCUUUGACUGCUAGGGAGACGCUGGAAUUUGCUUCUAGACUCGCGAUUAGACGCCACCAGAAGGAAGAGCUUCAUGGGCGUAUCGAUACACUUGUCCAGGCUUUUGGGCUUGCUGACCAAGCAGACGCUUUUAUUGGUAGAGUACUUUCCAACGGCCAGAGACGACGCCUGGCAGUUGCCAGACGACUUGUCACAGGUCCGAAGGUCCUCUUUCUUGAUGAACCGACAAGCGGACUGGAUUCCGUUGCUAGCUUUUAUGUUAUUAGCUACCUGCGUAAGAUUGCGAAGCUGAACAAUCUCAUUAUCAUCUGCUCUAUUCAUCAACCCUCUACUUCUACGUUUGACCUGUUCGACAAACUACUCCUUCUGUCUCGGGGCAAGACGCAUUACUUUGGCCCAACAGCAGAGGUAGUUGAGUAUUAUCAGAAUGUAGGGGUCACAAUCCCUCAAAGAGCCAAUCCCGCCGAGUUCAUACUCGAGUUACUUAAUAUCGACUUUUCUGACGCACCACCAAGAUCAUCCCAAAGCAUUACGAAGUUACAAUCUCUCUGGAGGCUUUCGUCAUGCCGCCAAAGAAUACUCGAGAGUAUCUUGACUUGUGAAAGAGCAACAGGUGAUGUAAUUGUUGAAUCAGCAAGCCGGCCCAGCUUAGCCAGCCACGUUGUCACACUAAUUCACCGCAACUUCCUCAAAGCAUACCGGGAUGCUAUGGCGUACAAUCUCCGCCUCCUUAUGUAUACCGGUUUGGGGUUAUUAAUGGGCACCAUCUGGCUACGGCUUGAUCGCAGUCAAGACUCCAUUCAACUGCUGGUUAAUGCACUGAUUGUGAGCUGUGGAUUCAUGGCGUUCAUGGCGGUGACGUACGUCCCUGCCUUUAUUGAGGAUUAUCGGCAGUACCUCCAGGAGCAUCGGAACGGAUUAUAUGGUGCCACGGCAUUUCACUUAUCGAACUUUCUCGUUGGCAUACCGCACCUCUUUCUCUUCUCGACGAUGUUUUCAGUAGUCUUCUACUGGCUUUCCAACUGCCAACCCUCGGCAACGGCAUUCUUCACAUGGGUGAUGUGGCUGUUUUUUGACUUGCUAGCUGCUGAAGCCGUUGUCGUUCUAGCGGUAACCAUUGUCCCAAAUUUCGUUGGGUCAUUGGUAUCAGCCGCGCUCAUCAAUGUUUUGAUGUUUGGGACUGCGGGAACGCUGGUUCCUCCCGGUAGGCUGAAUGCGUUUUACAAGUACGGGCUGUAUUAUUGGAACUUUCAGGCGUACAUAUUCCAGGGCAUGAUGGUCACGCAAUUUGACCACCAGACAUAUGAUUGUGGCAGCAACUGUGCAUGCAGGUAUACCCCCAUGUCUACCGAUCAGUGUCAAAUUGACGGUGGGCAGGUGUUGCAUGAGUUUGGAAUCGAAACGGGAGUUGAAGGUCGGAAUAUUGUGAUUGUGAUUGCGAUUAUACUCGGUUACCGCGUUGCAUCUUGGGCUGCGCUUAGAUUCAAGCAGUGA